CAGUUUCCUACUCAGAAUUGACCAAUUGGCAUCACACGCAAGAAAGAAGACUUUACCUUGACUUCAAAACAAUGAAAUCAAUUACAGAACCUAAGAUUAAUAUAAAUGCAUCCACUACCGAAUGUGGUAGUUGCAAAAACGACGACUACAGUACAACAGUCACAAAGGUAUUGAAUACAGAGCUUAUCUAUCUAGAUAAUAAUAAACAAAGACUAGAAAGACUGUCGAGAAUGUGUAAACAGAAACCAAAUGCCUUCAAACAUAAGUCGAAGAGGAAUCCUUACAUUUUCAACACAUUUGUUAGUGAUCGUCAUAAGUUAAUAUUCUGUCAAAUUCAAAAGGCUGCUUCAACGUUCUGGAAAAGGAUUAUAUUCAACCAGACAACACCGGGAACACGGGGACUACCGAGCAUUACAAAUCUUGGGGUACCAGAAGACAAAUUCAAACAAUAUUUUAAAUUCUUGUUUGUUCGAGAUCCUUAUAAUCGACUGUUUUCUGGAUAUAUAGAUAAAUUAUUUAAUCCAAAUGUUAUGUAUUGGAAGGCUGUCGGUAUUCCUGCAAAACUCCUCAGUAACCCUGAAGCUAAAAGGUCAUGUGGCCAUGACGUCACAUUUGCCGAAUUUAUCAAUUACAUAAUUGCAUUAGAAAAGACACCGGACAGACGAGACCGUCAUUUUUUCUCAAUGUAUGAACACUGUGCACCUUGUGAACACAAAAUUGAUUAUAUCGGAAAAAUGGAGACGUUCCGAAAUGAUUCUAAAUUCAUUUUAGAAACUCUUAAAAUGGACAACAGCAUCAGAAACCAGUUUGAAGAUAUGCUUUCAAACUCAUCAAUUAAUGAAAUAAUAAAUAUUGCAAAUAGACUGUUUCAAUUCAAAACUAAAAUUUUAAAAUGUAUGACUAUGUAUGAUGCAGUACUAAGAAUAUGGAGACAAUUACAAAUGAAGGGAAUACUUAGUCGUCAAAUAGUAUUCCCAUUUAAACCAGACACUGUUGUCAAAUUGACAAAAAGAAAAUUCAUCAAGACUGUGUUAGAGGCAUACAAAUCAUCAAAAGCGGAUGUUUCUAAAAAGAUAAAUAAAGAAGAUGCGUUUAGCGAAGCAUAUUCAACAGUUCCAACACAGACAUUGAUUAGGUUAAAACAAGUUGUUGAAAAUGAUUGUUUGUUAUUCGGUUAUGAAACUGAACCUAAGCGUGUGUUUAAUGCUCAAUCUUUUGUUAAAUCAAACUUUUUUAAAUUGUGAUCUUUAUAAUAAAAUUUUAGACAUGUUG